UACCCCCCCGCCCCAGCCUGUGGGUGGGUAAACCCCACCUUGGGAAAAAAAAACGCACGGAUAGAAAGACAGCAAGAAGAACAGCAGCUUGGAGUCUUCAUUAAGGGAAGAGGGCAGGAGACCAGCAUGAAGUCGAACCAGGAACGGAGCAAUGAGUGCCUGCCCCCAAAGAAGCGGGAGAUCCAAACCAGCACCCUGCUUAUGCAGGAGAAGCCGGUGCUGGUUACCCCGGCCGUCGAGCUCCAGCGAGCAGAAAACCUGGCCUGGCUCGCCAGCGUGGCCAGUGGCCAAGAAGGGGGCAGGCAGCGGUCUGGUACCCCCGCCGAGGCUGACGGGCCCCAGAGCAAACUGCCCUGCAUGUCGUCCUCCCGCCAGUCCAGGGCUCCCACUCCGGGGCCAGCGGCGACACCUCUCGCAGCAGCCUACCCACCCACCAUGUCGCAGCCUGGCGGGACCAUCCAGUACGCCCAGUUGCAGCCUGGCCUACACCUCAUCGGACCUCCCUAUGGUGCCCCCUAUGCGGGCUACGUCCCCUCCCAGCUUGUCUCCCCCGCAACGGCCUCGACUCAGCAGCGACCUCUGCUGGACGCUUAUGGUGUCACACAGGCCAUCAAGGCCGAGCCACAGGGACACCACCCUUCCCCCGGCCGAGAUAGUUCCCCCCUGCCUUCUCACCCGUCCCAGUAUGUGCAGCUGACUGGCUCGCCGCGGGCGGUUUCGUCUCCACAGGCUCCCUUCCCGCUACACCUCCACUCCCACCCUGUGGUCCCUCAGGCCCUGGCCCUCGGCGCCUCUUCGCAGGUUGUGGUCCAGUACGCUGAUGGGCUCACCAACAAGAAGGAGGACGGCCGGCCUAGGGAGGUGCUUAACGGGGAGCUAGAGAAGGGUCGGUGCUAUGGCAUGUCGCCUGGCUCCAUCCUGGCCAAGCAGGGGUCCGGGGCCAAGGGCUCCGCCAGCCAGCAUCAGCACUAUGAGGCCCGGCACAUUGUGCUCCCGACAGACUACACGCAGGACACCUCAGGUCUCCGGACCUCGCUGAUGCUAUUGCCCAACAGCCAUGCCGGCGCCGACCCAGGGAGGGGCCAGGAGAAGCCGGUUGACAAAGGUGGGCUCUGCCUUGGCCGGCCUGUCUCCCGAACAUCAUCAACCAGCCUCAACUUCCCAUCCCCGGGGUCAAAAACGCCCCACACAGUCAUCCAGACAAGCCACGGCGCCGCCGAUCAGCUCUCGCUGGGCCUCCCCUCUUCCGGUUUCUACCCAGCCCCCGUACAGCCGCCCAUCAUCGGGUACAUCACCGCCGGCAGCGGCCAGCAGCAGCAAGCCACCAGCUACCACACCAACCUGCCUCAGCACCUGCUCAUCCCCGGAGGCCAGCCUAUCAUCAUCCCCGUCAGCGGUGGCCGGGGGGUAGGAUCGGAGAUGGGGCAGGCCUCGGUCACGGCCUCCCAGCAAUUCACGCACGCCCCGCACGCCCUUGUGGCUGCAGCGCCACCCAAAUGCGAGCGUCUGGAAGCAGCGUAUCACGCGACUGCUGCGGCCACCACUGCCGCUGUACAGACCCAGCUGCACCUGCCCCUGAUCCCGGCCUCGCCGCCUGUCCCGUCCUUGCCCUCGCUGCCCCCCUACUUCGUGAAGGGCUCCAUCAUCCAGUUGGCAGACGGUGCACUGAAGCGCGUGGAGGAGCUGAAGACGGAGGACUUCAUCCAGAGCGCUGAAAUCAGCAGUGAAUUGAAGAUCGACUCGAGCACCGUGGAGCGCAUCGAUGGCAGCCAGGCGCCCAACUUUGCCAUCAUACAGUUUGCUGUGGGGGAGCAGCGCACACAGGUGAGCGUGGAGGUCCUCUUGGAGUAUCCUUUCUUCGUUUUCGGCCAAGGCUGGUCAUCCUGCUGCCCGGAGCGGACCACCCAGCUGCUGGAGCUGCCGUGUGCUAAGCUGUCCGUGGGGGACGUUUGUGUUUCGCUGACCCUGAAGAACCUGAAGAACGGCUCCCUGAGGAAAGGGCAGGAGCCGGAUAGCACCGGAUGCAUCGGGCUCCUGCUGAAGCCCCCCAAGGAGGCGGGGCCCGACGGGGGCCGGGGAGGGUAUCACGGCGAGCAGGAGAAUGGACUGGGCCAGCGGGUGGGGGGCACCGGUGGCCCCUCCAGCCAGCAGCCCACACCCACCAAUGGGGACGUGAACUUUGAAGGGAAAUCUGUGGAUGGCCCCUCGCGCCCUAAAAUGGAGGCCAGCAGCACCGGCAGACCGGCUGGCCGCAAACGGAGGUGGUCUGCCCCAGAGAGCCGCAAGGUGGAGAAAACUGACGACGAAUUGCCCUCGACUCUGCCCAGACCCUCUUUCAUUCCUCAGGAGGUUAAAAUUAGCAUUGAAGGCAGGUCAAAUAUAGGCAAGUGAGGGUUCGUAGGACACGAGGGUCGAUGUUAUUGAAAUUUACCAUGAUAUAUUUUUUUUUGGUUGUUUUUUUUUCUUUUUUGUUAUCUAUCCAGGUUUCUUUACCUUGGGCUGAAAUUACCCAGAAUUCACUUCAUCAUCUUAUUAAUGGUGGAUGUAGUUAUAAUUGUAAUAGGCAUUCUGGGUAAUUUACAAGCAAAAAUUGUGCAAUGAUGUGUUAAUGGGCCCCUACGUGUCAAGCAGGCAUGGAGGGCAUGAGUGGGUGUGGCAUGCUGACCCGAGGGGCUCGCUGUGCGGGUGCUUUGCCUCCCUUAAAACCCUUUGGUGGGUUGACCCAUCUGAAUGUAGGGGCGAGGACGCCAUGCAGCCCAGCAGUUCAGGAAACGGGGGAGGUGCGAUGUUGGUUCAGCCCACGAGUAGCGUCUCUGCAACCCCAGUCGAGACGGAAGGCCGCGUGAACGCAGGGAUGACAGGGGCGGGUCACACCCUCGAUAACAAAGCAGGGUGUGGCUUACCGUGAUGUCCAUCAUCCAGCACGUGGCAUUCGGAGUUUCUGAUUGGUUGUUCACUGUUCCUUUUGUUUUUAAAGUCUUAUAGGUUUUCGUACCUGUUUGUCGAGCUCAUACAGAGGCGAUAAGGGGCCUCGGAGAAAGCGAGCGUAGGGUCAGCUUUACAUUGGGCUGGAGCUGUCAGGACGCGAGGCACGCCGGGAAGAGGAGCCCAGAAUGACCCUCUUCUUACCGUGGUCCUGCCUUCGAAAGCCACUGCGGAUUGACUGGGGUGGAAGCGGACCUAACCUCAGUGGGUUUAGAUGCACGGUGACAGUCUGACACCGGCAUGAGAAAGUCACUUCAAAGGGACGUAGGCCUGGUGGUGUUAGUGACGUUCGUGUGCAAUAUGUUUACAGUAGCUUUGUGUUUGACUUUGAAACGGACCUUGGAUUGAGACAUGGCGUCUGUGUAACGCCAGAAGCACACUGAAGACAAGUACUUUGAGUUUGCACAUUUUUCGGGCUGACAUCAUACCCUGGGGUGGGCUGGGGUGGGGUGGGGGGUGAUUAGGGCACCCCUUAAGAUGGAUGCACCCAGAGCUGGGUGCUACUGCCCUGGAGGCACUGGGGAGCCCCAGACGCAUGCAGUUCUGCCUGCUGAAUCCUUAAUCGCAGUGUUUCCCAGCCCGGUCCUCGGGGGCCCACAGACAGUCCACGAUUUUGCUCCCUCCCAGCUCCCCUGAGGACCAGACUGGGAAACACUGCUGUUUUGUUCUGGUUGUGAAGGUCCUUCCUGGAGGGCCGGGAUGGAUGCCGGCAAGGAUCCCCCUCAUGUCCCCCCACUAGGCCACAGGCCCUCUUCACUCAGAGCACUUAGACACAUGACCUGGGGCAAGAGUCCCACUCUAUGAUACAGUAGCGUGUUGUAACACAAUAGCCUAGCAGAGACUGUAAAAUAUGAUGGCAAAAUAUUUAUAUUUGUGUGCAUAUAUUAUAGUGUAAAAUUACAUAUAUUGUUAAAACGCCUUACACAAUAUAUGCAGAAAAUUGCAUAAAUGCCAGCGGCAAUAAUUUUAUAUAUUAAAUUAUAUAUAAUAAUUUUAUAUAUAUAUGUAUAAGGACUGGACAUUGGCUUAUUUUGUUUUUGGGACCUUGUACGACAGGCUGGUCAGAAAACGCUGCUCUGUCCCCUUGCUGCCCCCUGUUGGUCAGACAGGGUAGGUGCAUGCUUUAUCCUUGCAUUAGAAGAUCAAGUUAGGUGAUGUCAUUAAAGAGCGCCAAUUAACCUCUGACACCUUGAUUGAGAUGGACUCUGUUAUGUUAUAUAUUUCUAAGCAGAAUGUACUUUAGCUAUUGUUUUUUUUUUUUCCUGUGUGUACCACACCCCCUCUCUCCGGUUAUCCCACGUGUCCCCCCCAGUCAGAUUUUUGUCAUGAUGAGUGUCAUCGACACCACACCAUGGCGUGAAGCCUGUAGACUCUCGCAGUGUCUGGCUCAUGAUGAGGGCGGGUGGCGAUACAUUCGCGGCGACGUGUUGGUAAACAUGAAAACACGCACCCCCGCAGCAGCGUGCCCAGCAUGACGGGAGGGAGGAGGUGUCAUGGCUGAGUGUCUGAUCCAGCCUCAGGGAGAUGGGUGUUCCUUUGCUCUAGCGCUUAGCAUUACCUGAUGAUGUCUCUAGCCAUCCUCGACCUCCAAGCAGUACUGUAUGUGGUCAUGGGCUCACUUGAGGGCGUCGGCGCUGGGGAAGGGAGGUGGAGCCAGUCUCAGUGAGGGGCGGAGAAUUGGGCGGAGCCAGUAGCUUAAAGAGCGAAUGGUAGGCCAGAGAAUAGCAAUAUAAGCCCGUGUCCUGAUGUGAAGAGAGGUCCUCUAUGAGUGCUGACCCAAGUGUGGUCAUGUGUGUGAUAAAACGUCACAGAAAGUGUGAGUGUGCGUGAGAAGCACACAGACACACAGAUACGUGCUAAUGCUCAUUCUUGUAUGUAUAUAUAUUUGUUAAAUACACACAUUUACAGGUGGUUAGAUACCCAGUAACGGAAGAAUAUUUUUUUGUUUGCAUACAUACGAAAAUGUAUAUAUACAGUACAUUUGUGUGUCUGUGUGUACCCAUUUUGUCCAGUGUUUUCCUUUUAUUUAAUGUUCAACUUUCAAAAGAAAAGAAAUUGUAACUUGCAAUUUGCACAUGCAGAGGGUUAGUAAUAUACCUGUUCAGUCUGGAUGCCUCCCGCCAGCUGACGCUCCAAUUAGCGCAAUGUAGCACCGCCCUGAGCUGGCAGCCCCGCCCCCAGGCACGCGUAUCUCUCCCAUUCGACGCUCUGGCCACACCCAUCAGCCUUCUGAUUGGCUGCAUGUGGGGGCGAGGGUAGCUGGUAUCCACAGCCAUGUAUAAUGCUUUGAAUUAAAAUUAUAAUAAUUCUUUUUAAAUACGUGUAAUAAAACAGGGUUGCAUGACUCGCGGUGGAUUGUUUAUUGUUCCUGUCUUCUGUAGACAUGGACAACUGGGGCAGCGUUCUUCGCGGGAAUAACUUUUUCUUUAUUAUAUUUUUAUUUUUUGUUUCCUCCGUAUUGAGGAGAGACACAGGACAGCCUGCGGGCCAGACGGGGAUGUUAUGCACAAAGUUAGAAAGCCAGUUUUUUUGCUUUUGUUUCUUUUGUUUUGAUGUAUGAGCAUAGAUGGGUGGCAGUGAUGUUGCCCCCCCUUCGUGUUGAUAUCAGAGUGACAGAUGAUCGGACCGUGGCAUGUCUGGGGGGGGGGCCCAAACGUCGGGCUUUUUUUUGUGUUAAUGCCUUGUUAGUCGUUCAGGAAGUCCAUGCCGGCGCACGCUAGAUGCUCUUCAAAGCCUUCUGACGCAGACACCUGUAUCCUGCUUCAAGCAGUCUGGCUUGGUCCCCUCCCCCCACACCCAGAAAAAGCCCCAUGUCCUUCAGCCUAUGUUACAGCAUUCUUUGUCACACUUUCCCUUAUAUUAGCAGCAAUAUGGCCUUCUGUUAGCAACUUCAGGGAACUUUGAUGAAAACAUAUAUGCAGUGACAGUCUUACGUAGAUUAUGCGAUUGUAGCUGACCUCAUAAGCCCCACCCACUCCAGUCAGCUCUGUGUGGUAGACGGCUUGUGGUUGGCCACCUGUAUACUCUCAGUUGCCAUUGGCUGGUGAGAGAUCACCGUGGAAACCCCCCUCCCCGCCCCCCCUUCCCCCACAGCCUUCCACUAGGAAACGGCCUGGUCUUAGUCAAGUUCAGAGCUGAUCUGUGGCACACCUCCGGCAGACCUCUGAGCCAUCGUAGGCCCCGCCCUCUCACCCCCACUACAGCGUAGGUCACAGAGGGAUGAUGGCAAACGGCAAUAAGCAUGUGAAGGUGAAUGUUGGGAUUAGUAACUGGCUGGAAUGUGACUGUAAUGGGGGAAGUGACUGCAGAGUGUUAUUUUUCUUUUAAAUUCCUGAAAACACAGAGUUUUUCAAGCCUCUAGCUCUAGGCAGGGCUUAGCCCUGCGUGCCGUCGCUGAUGUAUGUGCAGUUCCUGUUAUUUCUGUCUCCCUGUUGUCGUGCCAACACAGACUGCAGCGUAGCAGCGUCAUCCAUGUCUGCUUCUCCUGUCGGUCCGACCCCCCCCCCCCCAUCCUCCAGAAAUCACACUUCAGACUGGACAAGGUCCAACAUGGACCACUGAACCCAGUUGGGGAGAUGCACGUCUCCACACCACAUCCAAAUGACCCAGCCUGCCCUCGAACCUUGAACUCUCUCCAUAUGCCCACUGUCUUCAGUGCCCUCAUAAUGUCUCGUGUCCAACCAGCCGUUUCGUGGGGUGACAUAGUGGUGGUGGGGGGCGGAUUGGAGAGGGUGUCCCUGUUGGCCCUGGUGAUACUGGAGCUGGCAGAUGAUGUCACUGGUGGGUCUCCUUGGAUACAGCUUUCCUGUCCCCCUUGAGAGACAGAGUUCUCUUACCGCGCUAAAUAUGCAUGUGCAUCCGUAAGCCUUUGCUGUAUAAAUUCAAAUCUAGGAAACGUUCCCAAAUUUCCCGUUACUGCGAAUAACCCUUUGACAAUUUCAAAGUAGUGUAUGUUACCUUUUUCCUAAUUAUUUGUUGCAAGUGACAUCAUUUGCCCUCCUUAUUACAGGCUUUUCAUAGCUCUUACUCAGGGAUAGGGCUUGUGUGUGAGUGUGUGUGUGUGUGUGGGGGGGGGGGGGCAGUGUGUGUGAGGUACACUGAUGUUACCAGAAGCAGCACUUUCAAUGCCCCGAGAAGAGGUCACACUCACGUCCCUCUGAACUUGAGAGAAAACCCGGAAACGCCACUCCCUGUGACGCACGCAUCAAGUCCCCCCCCCCACACACAUCAGUGGGGCAAAGGGCUGAAGCCCAACCUGACUGGCUCCCCUGCCACCUGUCCGAAGGCCACAUUUACAGCCAAGAGACUGAUUAAAGCGAUAACGGCAAUGACCUUGUAUAGUGGGGACCACAUGGUUAAAAAAAAAAUAAACAAAAUGCACAUUUAAUAGUUUAUAGUGUAAGUUUGAUAAUACUGUUUCUGCACUUUGGAACUUGAGAAAAACCUUGUCUGCUUUUUGUAGGGUCAAGUCUUUCCCGGGUCUAACAGUGAGUGAAAGAGAGAUGGAGGGGUGUGGCCAGUCUGAGGGGAGUGGUCUGAAGGGCGUGGCCUGCCCACUGUGAUAGGGUGGUGCUUCUCCUCUUGGCCCGUCAUCCUGCUGUUCUAACCAAUCUAGUACCCCAGCUUAAAGCCGGGUAGAGACCCUCUCUCUCUUUUGUGUUUUGAUGUGUUUCCUUUUAACAGACCUCACAUCAAACAUGCUACCUUUCUGGCAGGAUCCUUCAUUUUCCACUUUGCCUCUCUCUCUCUCACAUUGUUUUCUGUCUCAUACCUGUCUCACAUUUCGAAGUCACAUGUUUGGCCCCGAGGGCUAUUUCAGAGCACUGUUGUUUGAGCAAUACAGGUAACAAGAUCGUUUGUCGUUUUCUUUUUUUCAAUUGCACAGACGAAAUGUUGAAUGUCAAUGUGAGCUUCAGUAUUUGGAGGGGAAGAGGCAUGUUUGUUGAACUAGUUUGGUGUCUGGUAACGAAUUUGGCACCCAAUUUAAAGCGAAUACUAAUCAAUCAGGACUUCUCUGUUCUACGUGACUGUUGUUGACGUCUUGGCAAACUGCCGCAAUCUGCUCUCAGGCUGAGUUCCUUUGAUAGGCCCACUGUGUGGUUUUCUUUCCAUGAUUAUGGUUGGUGGGCUCUUUAAUUUAUGUAUGAAUUAUUAUUAUUAUUAUUACUGCUACUACUAGUACUACUAUUAUUACUCUUAGUAUGAAUAGAUUUUACUGAUGCUGGAAACAGGAUAUGGUGCAUCCUUACAGAAUAAAGACGUAACGCAAUUCAAUUAAAUUAAAACCCCGUUGAUCAUGUGAUAUUUGAAUAGCCAAUCACCUUUGAGGCUGUGGAUGACGUUCCCCCCCCAUGCUGUUUUCCUUAGUUUCUUUCUGCUCCCGCAUCAGCACCCUCUCUCCUUUUUUUUGGGGGGGGGGGUUACUUAACAGACUGUUAUCGAGGCACUUUUUCCCUUAAGGAUGGGGGCCAUUUUUUUUCUCCCCUUCCCCUUAAGGUCUUCGGUGAAGCCCGUUUACGGUGACGUUUAGCUCGUAGCUAGUAGGAUAGCUAAUGGUCUGUUCAUCGUCCCAGUCUAUCAGACAUAUAUAAAAUAUGAGACUGUUUGUUGGUGCUGACCAAAGCCAAACUUAUAGACAAUAUCUAAGAUUAACAGCUGCAAAACACCCAAUGUCACUUAAAUAUAUAUAUAUAUCAUCCAAUAGUGUCCUAAAAUGAGAAUCCUGCAGUGCUGAACCCUUUGUAUGUGGCCUCUAACAUUUACCGAAGCCCCCUUAUCUAAAAUGACAGAACAGUUCAAACAUUUGAAGCAAUGUGUUGUUUGUACUCCCCGUCUAGUUGGGAUAUAUUUGCGAUAAACUCCCCACCUUUUAUUUCACAUUAAAACUGCAAUCUGAAGGACUCAAGACCAAUUAUAAAAGCCAACCCUCCCCCAUAACGGCAAUCAGCAGCUAAUCUAGGAGUGAAUCACUUUAAUAUUUAAUUAUAUUUCAGAUUUUUCUGAACACAUUUCUUUAAAGAGUAAGAUAUUGACAUAUCUAAUACAAAUGGGUGAAUAUUCUUUACACACAAAACACAAAAUUAUUGCCACUCUACAGAUAAGUGCUUUUAUCAACACAAAAUGGCCCACAUUUCUAUUUUUAUUGGAAUGCUACAGUACAUAGUACAUUUGGAUUGCCCCCUUGUGACAGAUUAGUGAAAUACAAUCACACAUUUAUAUCUUAAUCUGAUUUGUCUUACCAUCUCACCUGGUGUUGUGGGGGGUUUAAGUUAUAACUAAUGUGCACGCAUUUCCUGUACUUUUGGAAUGAUUCUUUUUCCCUUUUGUGUAGUUAAUUCAGUGAAAGAGAGAUUGUAAUUUUUGAUACAGGAAGCCAUGAUCAUUUCACAGAAAGUAAAGGUUUAAUGUGAAGAAGAUACUGUAGUCCAAUGCUGUUGCACACAUAUGCAUUGUCAUUGUCUUCCAUUGGACACAUCGUGACUGAUUCUAGUCUCUUUGCUUGCCAUUGGACGGAAAUGGAGACUGGUUCUACUGUCCUUGCUUGCCAUUGGACAGAAAUGGGAACUGAUUCUAGCCUCUCUGCCUUCCAUUGGACAGAAAUUAGGACAAAUUCUAGUCUCUUUGUUUGCCAUUGGACAGAAUGACAAAAGCAAAUGUGGCCAGUAGCAAUGGGUCAUGAAAGAGGGAAAAACGUUUUGCACCUUAUUAGAUAAAGAAGAAACCAUUUAAAGUGCAUACAGACAUAGCUUUUAUUGUGAAAAGAGAACUUUGUUUUGUUUCCAAAUGCGUGCAAACUCUGUAAUUUGUGUAAAAUAUUGUACUUGCACUAGCUUUUUUAAGAACAGAUAUAAAAAAUGGAAGAAUUGAAAUUCUAUUUUCUAAUUGUGGUGUGUCUGUUUGUAGGAUACACUGAAGUCUGUUUAUUGGAUUUUAUGGUCCUUUUCUUUGAUGGUGCUUGCAGGUUUUCUAGUUAGAAAUUAUUACAUUAUUAUGAAUAAUAAAACAAUAUUUGAUUCAGGUUGUGAACAAAUUUGUUUAAAGAAGAAUUGUCUGUAUACCAGUACAAGUUUAUGUCUCAGUAUACUAAUAAAAUAACAGUGCCAACUGAG